AAAUAAAAACUUUAUACACAAUAGUUCACUGAUCUGGUAGCGCUCGUGCAGUACUUUACAACACUUAAGGCUCAUAAUGUUUAGACUCCUGUGUGCUCAACUCCAAUACAAUGUGAGAAUAUUUGAACGCAAAAUGGCUUUCUACGCAGUUGCAAAAGGCCGAAAAGUUGGCAUAUAUGAAAGCUGGACGCAAUGUGAGCAACAAGUGAAAGGCUUCAAAGGCGCCCUUUACAAAAAAUUUAAGUGCCGCCAAGAUGCAGAGGAAUUUAUAAAUCCCCCUGGAGCUAAAGAAACCUACGCUCCACAUGAAGUAGCUGUAGCACUUGGACAAAAGGAAGGUCCGCCAACCAGUUGGCAGCCGCAGAAGCAGCAACAUGUAGUUGAGGCAAAAGAUUACUGGCCCGAAGAUGUUGAUGAAAAACAAGAAGUCACAGAUGAUGAUUUGUUAAUGGCCAUUAAUGAGGUAGAAGGAUUUACUGAGCAGUCAGGAAUCAAUCGGAAACGUAAAGCUGAAAGCACCAGUGCUACGAAAUCGAAAAUUCCACGACAUGUCUCCAAUGUGGAAGAAAUCGUCGCACUGAAACAAUUCGGAGCCUUUGAGUUUACGAUGAAUUCCGAAGGAUAUGUGAUUGUCUACACAGAUGGCUCAUGUCUAGGCAAUGGGAAAAAGCAUGCAUGCGCCGGCUUUGGUGUCUACUUUGGGGACAACCAUCCAUUAAAUGCUGCAAAACCUGUGCUGGGGCGUGUAACCAACAACGUCGGAGAAAUUCAGGCAGCAAUAUACGCUAUUAAGACCGCCUUGGAUUUGGGCAUCAAAAAGCUCAGCAUAAGUACAGAUUCGCAGUUCCUGAUCAAUUCCAUAACAAAAUGGGUGCCCGGCUGGAAGAGGCGUGGUUGGUGUCUUCCAGAUAUGACACCUGUUAAAAAUGUAGCUGACUUCAAAGAAUUGGAUGAGCUGCUGCAAAAUGAAGAUAUUCAAGUUAAAUGGAACUACGUUGAAGCACACAAUGGCAUCAAAGGAAAUGAAAUGGCAGAUAAACUAGCACGGCAAGGCUCGCAAUUAUACAAAGAAUUAAAUUGCAGAGAUAUUUAGUUUAUAGUAAACUAAUUUUAAGAUAUAUUUAACUACGCAAGUAAUGUUUGCAUUAAGAUGACAGUUAUGAAAAAAUUGGAAAUGAAGUUGAAGAUAAUUACCAAAAAUACGUGAUUCUCGGUAUUUUAAGUUACGCGCUUAAUUUCUGCUUUAAGUUGGCAGCCCAAUAAAAUUGACAGUUCGCCUUUAAA